CAUUCCUCUCCAAGAGUUUUCAGCCAACACAUUGAACUCUUCUUCAGAGCUCUCCCUUCCCUCCACAAAGGGGGUCUAGGGUUAGAGUGUGUGUGUCUGUGACAAGUUCCAAGCUAGCAACAACAAGCUCAAUUCCUUGCUUGUUUGCUUCCAUAUUACACUACAUCUCUUCCCUUCAAUUACCCCCCUUUUAGCACACAAAAAUGGCUGGCCUGUCCCUGCAGCAUCCCUGGGCUUUUGCCUUCGGCCUCCUUGGCAACCUCAUAUCCUUCACGACCUAUCUGGCACCAAUCCCGACGUUCUACCGGAUCUACAAGAGCAAGUCGACGGAGGGGUUCCAGUCGGUGCCGUACGUGGUGGCGCUCUUCAGCGCCAUGCUGUGGAUCUUCUACGCGCUGAUCAAGUCCAACGAGGCCCUCCUCAUCACCAUCAACGCCGCCGGUUGCGUCAUCGAGACCAUCUACAUCGUCAUGUACCUCGCCUACGCCCCCAAGAAGGCCAAGGUGUUCACGACGAAGAUCCUGCUGCUGCUGAACGUGGGGGUGUUCGGGGUGAUCCUGCUGCUGACGCUGCUGCUCUCCCAUGGCGAGCAGCGCGUCGUCUCCCUCGGCUGGGUCUGCGUCGCCUUCUCCGUCAGCGUCUUUGUCGCGCCGCUCAGCAUCAUCAAGCGAGUGAUCCAGUCGAGGAGCGUGGAGUACAUGCCCUUCUCCCUCUCCCUCACGCUCACCCUCAGCGCCGUCGUCUGGUUCCUCUACGGCCUUCUCAUCAAGGACAAAUACGUCGCGCUUCCCAACAUCCUGGGCUUCACAUUCGGUGUGGUCCAGAUGGGGCUCUACGUGUUCUACAUGAACGCGACGCCGGUGGCCGGCGAGGGGAAAGAAGGGAAGGGGAAGCUGGCGGCGGCGGAGGAGCUCCCCGUCGUCGUCAACGUCGGCAAGCUCGCCGCCGCCACGCCCGACAGGAGCACCGGCGCCGUGCACGUGCACCCAGUCCCGAGGAGCUGCGCGGCGGAGGCGGCGGCGGCCGAGCCGGAGGUGCUCGUCGACAUUCCGCCGCCGCCGCCGCCGCGCGCCGUCGAGGUGGCCGCCGUGUAGGGUCCCCGGCCGGUCAACGCGUGCUUGCAUGGGCCAUGCACGUGUGCAGUACCACGUGCCACGUACACUUUAAUAUGAACUCCAGGGCAAACUUGGAGGAGACAAGCUACCACCAAUUAAUUAACUUAAUUAUUAUUACUCAUCUUUCCCAAAAUAUAAUUACUUUUAGCCUCUAAAAUUUAUCUCAAAAUAUAGCAACUUCUUCACCUAUAUUCUCUUAUAAAACAAUCGUAACCUUCCAUUAAUUAAAUUUCUUACAUAUAUAUUUCUCCUCUUAUCAAUCAAUCCCAACUGCCUUUUUUUUUCAUUUUAUUCCUGUAACUUUCGUAAUAUAUCCGUAUAUCCUAUCUAAAACUUAUUAUAUUUUGGGAUGGUGAUGGUAUUAUAUAUCUUUCUUGCAUGCCAUGCAACUAGAGACGGGGGAAGCUAUGUGUAAUGUAUGUGCAUGUGUUUCUCUGGUGUUGGUUUCCGCUUCUGUUGUAUUCAUUUGUAUCGGUCAAUGGGUAUCUAUUAUUCCUAAUUAGUUCCUUGUACUUGUAAUGUAUGUCAAAAUUAAUAAAAAUGUAAUCGAUAAAUAUCUCUUCUAUCAA